AACCACGCAACCAAGCAACCGACCACACUUUACAACCAUACCUCCAUACCAGUACCAACAGAUCUCCCACCCGCAAACAAGAUGGCCGAAACAAUCAAAAACGCAGUCGGAGCAGCCACCGGCGGCGCCAUCGGUAACAAACUUCCCACUGCCAAACUCGGCAAGAAUGGUCCUCAUAUAACACGCCUUGGCUACGGAACAAUGGGUCUCUCCGCCUUCUACGGCACCCCCAAACCCGACACCGAACGCCUCGCCCUCCUCGACAAACUAUAUGCCUCGGGAGAACAUUUCUGGGAUUCCGCAGACAUGUAUCAAGAUUCCGAAGAUUUGCUCGGAAAAUGGUUCAAAGCAAACCCGGAAAAACGCGACCACAUUUUUUUGGCGACCAAAUUUGCAAAUUGUGUGAAUCCUGAGGAUGGAAGUCGUUAUGUGGAUAGUUCUCCGGAAUAUGCGAGACGCGCGUGUGAGAAGAGUUUGAAGAGGUUGGGUGUCGAGAGGAUUGAUCUUUACUACGCCCAUCGUCUCGACGGCAAAACUCCCGUGGAAAAAACCGUCGCCGAAUUGAAAAAAUUGCAAGAAGAAGGCAAAAUCAAAUACAUUGGUCUAUCCGAAUGCAGCAGUGAAUCUCUCCGACGAGCCAGCAAAAUCGUCCACAUCGACGCCAUUCAAAUCGAAUACUCUCCCUUCAGUUUAGAUAUUGAAAGCCCACAAAUCGGCCUCUUAAAAACUGCACGAGAACUCGGCACAGCCAUUGUCUGCUACUCGCCCAUUGGAAGAGGAAUGCUCGGAGGAACGAUUCGCAGUCCCAAGGAUUUUGAAAAGGGAGAUUUCCGUACAUUUGCUCCACGAUUCUCCGAAGAGAAUUUCCCCAAGAAUCUCGAAUUGGUCGAUCGGAUUACGGAAUUGGCCAAGAAGAAGGGCGCGACUCCUUCGCAGUUGACGUUGGCGUGGAUCCUGGCUCAAGGUGACGACUUUUUCCCGAUUCCGGGUACGACCAACUUGCAGCGUUUGGAGGAGAAUUUGGGUGCGCUGAAAAUCACGCUGAGCAAGGAGGAAGAGGCCGAGAUUCGCAAGGCCGUGGAGAAGGCGGAGCCAUCGGGUUCACGCUAUCCACCCGCAUUCGCUUCUGCUCUCUUUGCAGACACUCCACCACUCCAAUAGAGUGAGUAUACUUUUUUCUCAAGACACCAGUCUGUCGGUUCUCGACAACCAGAUAGAUCCCUGUCUGCCGGUUGCCAUUUUAGCCGGUAUACGAGUAUAUAGACAUCCAACUAUACCAAAAGUACGCGAACGGCAUGAAAGUUGUGAA